UAAUCCAAAGCCGCAUCACUUUCUUUGUUGACCUGACCGACUCUAACACAAAAAGCUAGCUGCUGCUUCUCAUUUUGUUCAUAUUCACUCUUGCAGCUUGUCAUCAUUUUAAAUAUUUGAUUUUUCAACAGAAAAUUAAUAAUUAAAGAUGCAUAGAUCGGCAAGUUGGAUGCGAUUCUCGUCGUCAGAUGAGUACUACAUGCACUCAUCAUCACCGGUGUCUGUGAAAACGUCGUCGUCUUCGAUGGAAGUCCAAAACGAGCUACCCAUGUAUGAUCCGGACGUCGAGAUGGCUCAGAAGGAGAAGUCCCGCACCAAGUUUGCAGAGAACGCUGUGCACGUUAUUCCUUUUGUGCUCCUACUCUGUGCCUUUAUUCUCUGGUUAUAUUCCAAUCCAGAUGUUGGAGUGGGAAUAAAUGAGAUAAGGCCAGACUCGGCAGCGGCGAGAUCAGUAGAAGGAUUGACGAUUGAAGGAAAUAUAGACACAGACAGUGAUGGAACUCAAACAGGCUUCUUACCAAUUGAUGUGGAAGAUGUGGGCGGCGCCAAACAAAGCAGGAGGGAAUAUCGUAAAGCUUCAAGAAUAUUAAUGAACCAGCGUAUUAGAAUCAAAGAUUAUCCUCAUUAGUUUAAGAUUAGAAUUUUAUUCCAAUUUUAAAUUGUUUAAUUCAUUGUAUUCGGAUAUUCUGCUUAUUAUGUUGUUAAUGUUUGCUAAUGAUCAAGUUCAUGAUUAUUGC